GCCGAUGGCCGAGCUCAGCUGCACGCCAACACACACCCACUGAAAGUCGCCCCCGAGUGCGUCAACACCAGAGCACUUUCGGUGGGCUUGUUACUCUGAUGUUUAGCGCUGAUAAUUAAUAGAGAAGCACCAGCCGCAUGGCCCGAUCACUCUUCAACAAGUAGGCUACCAACUCUGAGGAGCGAUUCGAGCGGAAAUCGUCUGAUUACUUCUUGUGCAUUCCUAUCUGUUGCCGCCACCUCUGAUGUAAGGCUGCUCAUCCCUCUGCUCAAUCCACAACUCUUCCCACUGCAGCCUCUCCUCUUUCAGCAUGGGACUCUGCGAACUCUGAAGAUUCCAACCAGACUGUGGGAGGCGAGGUAUACUCAUAGAAGGAGGGAACCAUGGAGUGUCCAUUAUCAGAGCAGUCUGCCACGGUGGACGAGCUGUUGGAGGCAUGCAUCCAAGCCUUCGAUGAGAAAGGUGUUUUGAAGGAUGCGUCCUUGGUCCGCAUGUUCCUCAUGAUGCAUCCCUGGUACAUCCCUUCCACUGACAUGGCCAACAAGCUUGUGCUCAAAUCCCAGGAGGAGACCUGUACUGAGGAGCGACGAACAAGAAUAUGUCACCUUGUAAAGUACUGGAUUUCUGAGUUUCCUGCUGAGUUCAAUCUAAAUCCAGAGCUGGAGGAGCAGAUCAAACACUUUAAAGACCUCCUGUCCACCGAAGGCAAUGAGAGGCAGAGUCAGCUCAUCGACCUGGACAGUGUGCCGUCAUAUAAAUGGAAACGGCAGGUGACUCAGCGUGUUCCAUCUGUGUCUAAGAAGAGGAAAAUGUCCCUGCUGUUCGACCACCUUGAUUCAUCUGAACUGGCAGAGCACCUGACCUUCCUGGAGUACAAAUCCUUCUGCAAGAUUCUGUUUCAGGACUACCACAGCUUCGUGAUGCACGGCUGCACGGUGGACAACCCCAUUCUGGAGCGCUUCAUCACGCUCUUUAAUAGUGUCUCCCAGUGGAUCCAGCUUAUGGUACUCAGCAAGCCCACCGCCCCGCAGAGAGCAGCUGUCGUUUCCCAUUUCAUCAGAGUGGCACAGAAGCUGCUUCAGUUGCAGAACUUCAACACCCUGAUGGCGGUGGUGGGCGGCCUCAGCAACAGCUCCAUCUCCCGUCUUAAAGAAACUCAGAGUCACAUCAGUGCAGAGACCAACAAGGUUUUUAACAGCCUCAUUGAACUGGUGACGUCAUGUGGAAAUUACAGCCAGUACCGGAAGCGCUUCUCUGAGUGCUCGGGCUUCCGAUUCCCCAUCCUCGGCGUGCACCUGAAAGACCUGAUAGCCGUGCACGUGGCGCUGCCGGACUGGGUCGACAAGGAGAAGACACGGGUGAACCUGGCCAAAACCCAGCAGCUCUAUGCCAUCCUUCAAGAGCUGGCACUGAUCCAGACCACGCCGCCAAGCAUCGACUCCAACACUGACCUGCUCAACCUGCUCACUGUAUCACUGGAUCAAUACCACACUGAGGAAGAGAUCUACCAGAUGUCUCUACAGAGAGAACCUCGCAAGCCAGUUCAGAACUCCAGUCCUGCUCCUGCGCCUGAACCCAAAUCCACCAUGAUUGAUGAGUGGGCUGUGUCGGUAAAGCCCAAUGCUGACCCGACGAUCAUUAAGAUUCACAUCGAAAAGAUGGUGGAGCAUACGGUGCACCUCGCCAUGGUGUCAUCAUUUCUCACCAUGGCUGGUGCUAGAUAG